AUGAUUGAAGACAUCGAGUACAAAUUAGACGCUGUCAAAGCCACGCCAAUCGCCUCGGAUGAAAUCGAUAAGACUUUCCGAUCUACUAAUAUCGACUUAAUUUCUGGAACAUUGGGAGGCAAAGUCCUGGGUUUCUCGGACCAAUGGUUUGCCGAUGCUAUCAACCUGCUGACGCCUACGCCUCCUAUUAGGCAACCUGGUAAAAUGGUCUACACAGGUGCCUGGUAUGACGGUUGGGAAACAAGAAGGCAUAAUCCAGAGCCCUUUGACUGGGUUGUCAUACGGCUCGGCGUUGCCUCCGGAACUGUGGAAGGAGUUGAGGUUGAUACCGCAUUCUUCUCCGGCAACCAUGCUCCGGCAAUUUCCGUCGAAGGCUGCUUUUCCGUAAACGAUGACGAAGUUCUUUCAUGGAAGGGAGAAAGGGGGAAUUGGGAAACCAUCCUCGGCAUCCAGGAAUGUGGUCCCUCGCAAAGAUUUGGUUGGAAGUUGGAUAACCCUACCUCGAAGCAGUACACGCACGUUAGGCUGAACAUGUAUCCCGACGGCGGUAUUGCGAGAUUUCGACUAUUCGGUCACGCAGUACCGGUAUUCCCGGACGACGUAGAUGCAAUUUUCGAUUUAGCUGCUGCUCAAAAUGGCGGCGUAGCAGUCUCGUGUAGCGACCAGCACUUCGGCACAAAGGAUAACCUCAUCCUACCUGGCCGGGGUAAGGACAUGGGCGAUGGUUGGGAAACUGCACGUUCUAGAACUAAGGGGCAUGUCGACUGGGCUAUCAUCCGCCUAGGUGCUCCGGCCCUGAUUCAAAGUUUCGUGGUGGACACGGCUUUUUUCAGAGGAAACUUCCCUCAGAAGACGAAGCUUGAUGCUAUAGAGUGGAAAGGGGCUGGGGAGCCUGCGGCGGACGCCGAAGGUUGGACUGAGGUCCUCGAGCCUAGUCGAUGCGGACCUGACCAGGAGCAUAACUUUGACUCUGCGAUUAAAGACCAACGCUUCACUCAUGUCAAACUUACCAUCAUUCCUGACGGAGGCGUAAAGCGGUUGCGGACGAAAUAUUCCUAUGCCUCGCACUUGUCGAUGGAUUUUGGGGAUUCUGAUGGCGGGGGCUUUGGCGGGGAGCAACCGUCGAAGCCUCGAGCUCUCCCAGCUGACCUCCCAAAGUCUCUAGAUGACCGUAGAAUUGUAUCGACAGAGCUAGUCCCUGAGACUGAGAUGUACGAUGGCUGGCAAGGUCAAUCCCAGUUCUUGACAAGCCCGAUGCUUGCGAAGCCGCUGCAGUUUAGCGACCUAACUUUAGACGAUCGUAACUACGAUCAAGACUUAACUACGAGCAUGCCCGAUAGCGAUACGCGACUGAUGCAGAUGCUCGCAGCGCAAGCCCAACACCAUGGAGGGGAAGCUUUUGGCGAUGUGGAUGCUAUUGCGACAGAUGAGAAACUUUCAGACGAGGAGAAGACCUCGAUACUUCAAAAGGCCUUGAUUAUGUCCGCGAGCAAUGGCGACCUUGACAACGUAAAACGGAUACUUAAUGGGAAGGCAAGGUCGUUCGUUGAUAUCAAUGCGCUAGAUGAAGAGGGAACGCCAUCCUUGGUUUAUGCGAGUUGCUUUGGACACGAAACUGUAGUGCAGGCUCUCGUAGAUGCUGGGGUCGAUGUAGACAAGCAGGAUCGCAACUAUUGGAGCCCCUUAAUGUGGGCAAUGACGAAUAGACACAAGGGCAUUGCAAAGAUACUGCUAGACAAUGGAGCGUCACCGGAGGCGAAGACCUCGUCUGGAAGAACAGCUUUUGAUUUUGUUGCACCCGACAGCGAGAUGUCGUUCUACUUACACGAUAACGGCUAUAGCCUUGGGAACGCUGGGGUGACUGAUGACUUCUAUAACCCUGGCUUCUCCCAAGAUAGGUUUGAAGAGGAGAUGGCCGAGAACGAAUUCCGUCGACGAAUGAUGAUGGAUAGCGCACGCGACCUGGAGGUUGAUUUGGGCAAUAUGGGAAUAGACGACCAACCUGAGCCCAUGGACGAGUUCGAAGAGGAUCUACAAGAAUUUGACUGGAACCGGUGUUUGCAUGACCAAAUGUUCGUAUUUCAAGAGAGCGACCUAGACAAGAUGCUCGAUAUUGUUAUUACCAAGAUGCAACCUCAACGAUCACCUUCCCAGAAGCCUGUUCCAGCAAAUAUGAUCUUCCUCAGCGCGCGAUACGCCCACUACCAUUCUAGUCACGAAUUGUUGGCUAAAUUACUCGUCACUGCUCAGGAUAAAAUUAACGAAGUCGUCGAAGCCCAUCAAUGGGACAUGACCAUCUUGGCCUUUUGGAUGUCCAACGCAACCUUAUUAUUACACUACCUAAAGAAAGACGCCGGCUUAGUCGAGGCGACAACAGAGUUUCAAGCACAGCUUGCAGAACUUGUCAACGAGAUUUUCAUUCUUAUCGUGAGAGAUGCCGAAAGACGGUUAGAUAAAGUUCUGGACGCCGCGAUGCUUGACCAUGAGACUAUCCCAGGGCUUGAAGAUGUCACUUUCCAACACGAGUGGAAACUAUUCAAGAGGAAAAAAGAGGUUAAAGAAGAGCCCCUAGAGAAGCGACUACGCCCCCCUUCUCCGAAGCAGCGUGCCAAGCCCGCCCCCCGAAAUGUAACAUCCCUUCUAUCAUCUACUCUAUUCGUGCUCGACCUAUAUGAUAUUCACUCUGUAAUCACGUCUCAAAUCAUAUCUCAACUACUCUACUGGAUCGGUGCAGAACUCUUCAAUCGGAUUAUGAAUAAUAAAAAAUACCUCGCAAGAACGAAGGCGAUGCAGAUUAGGAUGAAUGUUUCGGUUCUAGAGGAUUGGGCUCGAUCUAACAACCGGCAGCCCGAGCAUUAUGAACAUGGAGAGACGGUCUCGUCUGGAGAAACGACAAUGGAAGCAGCACGUAAACAUCUGGCGCCCGUCGUGCAGCUUCUUCAGUGGUUACAGUGUUUUUCAUCUCUAGAUUCAGAAAAUCUAGAAGCUUUAAUCGGGACGCUUCAACAACUUAAGCGACUAAGUUCGCAGCAGUUGAUAUUCGCUGCUAAAAAUUAUCGGCUAGAAGUAGGAGAAAAGGGGUUGCCUAAGAGCGCUAUGAAAUACCUCGACGCAAUUCGGAAAGAGGCCGCGUUCAGAAGAGAUCGCAGGAGAACGGCGUCGCCAAUGCCCAGCGCACCAUCGACGCCUAUUAGGAAUGCAUAUAACGGUCAUAAUGCGGAAACACCGGGAAGCAUACAAGGCACACCAAACCCAGAACAAGACGAUGACGACGACAUACCAGACGGGAUCAAUCUCGAUCCGUCCUUGAUGCUACCAUUCACACUGCCAACAGUCACGGACAUGCUUAUUUCUUACGGCGCCGGAUUUGGAGGAGUCAAUCGGGAGCGAGAGAGAAAGUACAUUCCAACGAUUUCACCAGAGUUGCUCGAUAAGCUGGAAGUAAGCAGCAAUCCAAGCCGACCAAUAUUUGGUGAAAAGGAUUGGGAGAAUGAAGAAGUUUGA